AUGAAGGGCGGCAGCAAGUUGACUGAGGCCUGGGACGCUUACCAUAUCAACUCGGUCACUCCUACCAAGUAUGGAUAUCUAGUCAACUUUCGGCAUAUUUGGUCUGCUUUCUAUAUUAACAAGGAUGGUUCCAUCUGGUGGGAACUUUCUGCGACAGUGACGGCGGCGGCGACUUCAAAAAUGACGACGGUUUACUUCGCAUGGCAACAUGAUAUCCGCGUCAACAACGAAAUUGAUGAAAGCUUAAUACUCAGCCUAAUGAAUAAUGAUGCCUUGGAGAAUCGUGACAAGGGUCCAUCAACAGGACUGGUUAUCUACGUGGACCUCGUUAACAAGAAGGUAUGGAGGAUCCACGAGCUGACAAACCCGAUGGACAGAGUUGUUAGUGCAACUCAAGGCAGCUUUCAGUUCCUCCCAUGCCCGGGAACAGAGCACAUGUGUUGGAUGUCUGAGGAAUCAGAAUACGAUGGAGACGGCAACGUGGUUUUAAGAGGACAAUUUGGCAAUAACGCAUUCGAGGCGAAUGCCUACCGGAUAUUCAAAUUCCGAUGGAAAGCUACUCCGCACUGGAAUCCUGUUCUGUUUGUCAACCAUACAACCGAGUAUACCACCGAUGUUUACAUGAGCUGGAACGGUGCCACGGACUAUGACAACUGGGCCAUUUUCUCAGUCUCGUCGGAGACCUCGACGUUGCAAGAAGGCAAACCGCUACUGGUUCACAAGCGAGACGGCUUUGAGACUCAUGUAACCCUCGAAAAUGUCAACGCCAAUUUUAUCUUCACUGUUGCGAGAAAUCACGAGAAAACCCUGGGCAAGUCUUCUACUGCGCGGCAAGGGUGA